AUGUCUAAGUCAGAGUCUUCUAAGGACCCGGAACAGCUGCGGAAGCUCUUCAUUGGAGGGCUGAGCUUCGAAACAACCGACGAGAGUCUGAGGAGCCAUUUUGAGCAAUGGGGAACACUCACGGACUGCGUGGUCAUGAGAGAUCCAAACACCAAGCGACCCAGGGGCUUUGGGUUUGUUACGUACGCCACUGUGGAGGAAGUGGAAGCCGCUAUGAAUGCAAGGCCCCAUAAGGUGGAUGGAAGAGUUGUGGAACCUAAGAGAGCUGUGUCAAGAGAGGAUUCUCAGAGACCAGGUGCCCACUUAACCGUGAAAAAGAUCUUUGUUGGUGGAAUUAAAGAAGACACGGAAGAGCAUCACCUGAGAGAUUAUUUCAAGCAGUAUGGGAAAAUUGAAGUGAUUGAAGUCAUGACUGACAGAGGCAGUGGGAAAAAGAGAGGUUUUGCUUUUGUCACCUUUGAUGACCAUGACUGUGUGGACAAGAUUGUUAUUCAGAAAUACCAUACUGUGAACGGGCACAACUGUGAAGUAAGAAAAGCCCUAUCCAAGCAAGAGAUGGCUAGUGCUUCGUCCAGCCAAAGAGGUCGACGUGGUUCUGGAAACUUUGGUGGUGGUCGUGGAGGUGGUUUUGGCGGCAAUGACAAUUUUGGUCGUGGGGGAAACUUCAGUGGUCGUGGUGGCUUCGGUGGCAGCCGUGGUGGUAGUGGAUAUGGUGGCAGUGGGGCUGGCUAUAAUGGAUUCGGUAAUGAUGGAAGCAGUUUCGGAGGUGGUGGAAGCUACAAUGAUUUUGGCAAUUACAACAAUCAGUCUUCAAAUUUUGGAACAAUAAAAGUAGGAAACUUUGGAGGCGGAAGCUGUGGCCCUUGUGGUGACAGAGGCCAGUACUUUGCUAAACCACGAAAUCAAGGUGGCUAUGGUGGUUCCAGCAGCAGCUAUGGCAAUGGCAGGAGGUUCUAA